AUGGCUAGUGCAGACGUAGUUGGGUCGGAUUUAGAGUCCGAGGAUGAAGAAGAUAAGUUUGAAAUUCACAAAGAGAUCCCAAUUGCAGCACCAAAUGAAGCUGAUAGCUCUUCAGAUGCAGAAGAUGAUUUAACCCUCAUACAUUUCCAGACUCUCCAGUGGAAGCAUGGAAACUUUAGAAGCAAGGAUUUUCCUGUAAAAGGGGACUAUACUCCAUCCAUCGUAAAAACUCCAAACGAAUAUUUUGCUAAAUAUUUGGAUGACGAUUUUUUUGAGGCAGCCGCAAAUUGCAUUUCCCACGUAUCAGAAGAGGAACAAAAAAAGAAUAGAUUCUGGAGAAUACAGCCGGUAAUUGAUUUGGUUCGCAAUAGAUGUAAAGCCAUUGAAAGAAAAGAAAAGACAGCUUUUUCUAUUGACGAACAAAUGAUUCCUUUUUUGGGAAGAUGUCCAGUUCGACAGUUUGUUAAAAAUAAACCAAGACCAGUGGGACUGAAGAAUUUCGUUCUUACGACAUCCGACGGACUGGUAUUGGCUUUUAAAAUCUACCAGGGCAAUACUACCCCACUAAAAGAUAGGUAUUUAGGCUUGGUACCCUCAAUAAUAUUGCGUCUAGCAGAAACAUUACCUCAAAAUAGUUACCUGUAUUUUGACAAAUACUUUUCAACUAUUGCUUUGAUGAACAAAUUGACGAGUUUGAAUAUAGAUGCAACUGCUACAAUUAUGUCCAACAGAGUGAAAGGGUUUGAUUUUAAAAAAGACAGUUUAAUGAAUAGGGGAGAGUCAGAAGAAGUUGUUAGAACAGAUAGUAAACUUUGCAUUACAAAGUGGAAAGAUAAUAAAUCUGGUUUAAUGAUAUCCACAGCUUUUGGAAGACAGCCGGAAACUGAGGUGGAAAGAUGGAAUAACACAGAAAAAAAACGUUCAGGCAUAGCAUGCCCAGCUGUUGGUAAAUCAUACAACGAAAACAUAAUUGGUGUAGAUGUUUGCGACCAAAUAAUGGAAUACUAUCGAUUUUUCGUUCGAACCUGGAAAUGGACUCUUAAAGCCAUCCUACAUUUGUUCGACUUAGCAAUAGUAAACAGCUGGAUGGAGUAUCGAAGGGAUUAUUAUAGUCAAAACCUUCGAGGCAAAGAUUUUAUAGAUCUUUUGGAAUUUAGACUUAAUCUUGGGGAAUAUCUGAUUACCGGUACUAAGAAGCGUGUAUUGGAGGAAACAGAAUGCCAAGAAAAAUAUAGAGGAAGAGACUAG